ACCUUUAAACCCCACAGUCUAAAGCCCUGCAGGCUUGUAGUUACGGCCCUCUCUAAGCCGCUAAAAAUGUCAUCUCUAACUCGCCUCCUCCGCCGCACCUUCUCCACGGCCUCAACCGCACAGCCCGACUCCGUCCGGAAACUCGCCGUUGACCUCUACAAAGAACGCAACCUCAAGCGUGUCGUCGAAAAGUUCAAAAAGUCUUGUGAGAAUGGCCGUUUCCGCAGCCAAACCGGCAUCUACGAAGGGACGGUUCGCCGCCUUGCUUCGGCUGGACGAUUCCGAUGGAUCGAAGAAAUCCUCGAGGAGCAAAAGAAAUACAAAGACAUUUCCAAAGAAGGCUUUGCUGCUAGGUUGAUCCAUUUGUAUGGGAAAUCCGGUAUGUUUGAGCAAGCUUACAAGGUGUUUGAUGAAAUGCCGAAUAGAGGGUUGUUGUCUUUCAAUGCCCUUAUAGGAGCUUGCGUGAAUGCGAAAAAGUUUGAUAAGGUUAAUGGGUUUUUCAAGGAGUUGCCUGAGAAGUUGUCAAUUGAGCCAGAUUUGGUUUCUUAUAAUACGGUUAUUAAGGCCUUUUGUGAGAUGGGUUCUUUGGAUUCUGCUAGUUUGAUGCUUGAUGAGAUGGAGAAGAAGGGUGUUAAGCCGGACUUGAUUACUUUUAACACGCUUUUAAAUGGGUUGUUUAAGAAUGGAAAGUUUGUUGAUGGGGAGAAGAUAUGGGGUAAAAUGGUGGAGAACAAUGUGGAGCCUGAUAUUAGGAGUUAUAAUUCUAAGUUGCUUGGAUUGGUUACAGAGAAGAGAAUGGAAGAGGCGGUUAAGUUUGUUGAAGAAAUGAGGAGUCAAGGAGUUAAACCUGAUGUGUUUACUUUCAAUCAUAUGAUUAGAGGGUAUGUUAAUGAGGAGAAACUGGAAGAAGCUAAAGGGUGGUAUAGUCAAAUAGGGAAAAAUGAUUGUGCACCGGAUAAGCUAACUUUUACAAUGCUAGUUCCUUUCCUUUGUGAGAAGGGUGAUUUGGGGUUUGCCAUGGAGGUGUGCAAGGAGAUCUUUUUAAGGAAGAGAUUGGUUGGUGAUGCAUUGUUGCAGCGUGUGGCGGACGAAUUGGUCAAAGCCUCCAAGAUUGAAGAUGCAACGGAGCUUGUGAAGCUUGGGAAGGCAAAUAAUUUCUGUCGUUAUAAGCUGAAUAUGCCUACAGAGUAGUGCUAUGGUUUUACCAAUGGUAUUAUGUUUUAAUUUUAGAUCCUUUAGGUACUGAAUGAGUAUCCAAAGCAAGGAGUUUUUCACAACUUGCAAGGUUGGAUAACUGCUCAAGGUUUAGUGGGAACCAUUUAGAUUAGUGCUGGAGAAUGGGAUGCUUUGUUUUGGUUGUUAAUUUAUGCCUUUUCAUUUAUCAUGUGCAUGUUACCCUUGGCCUUCUGUGUCUAGCCUCAGAGUUACAUGAUGAAUUGUAUUUUAUCAA